AGUGAAUGGACCAUAUCAUUUUGAUCCUACGUUGAAUAAAAUAUUUCAUAAAUACUGAGGAAUCAAUAGGUCUAUAUAUGCGUAUGGCGAGUCACCUAUGCCAAGGUAUCACUAAUAUUCGUCAUGGCUGUGAAGAGGGUUGCUGUUAUUGGGGCCGGGAUAAGCGGUCUGGUUUCUACCAAAACCUGUCUCGAAGAGGGAAUCGAACCUGUGUGCUUCGAACAGACAGAACAAAUAGGCGGUAUUUGGGUCACCAGCGACCGAAGGGUCCCUGGGACAGAGAAGAGGGGCGCCAUCUACGACUGCCUCAUCACAAACUCGAGCAAGGAGAUGAUGUGUUUUAGUGACUACCCAUUCGAUCCAUCGGUUCCACCAUACAUCCGGGGCAAUCAGGUUCUGAGCUAUUACCAGGGUUAUGCCAAACAGUUUGAUCUUGAGCCACGAAUACGAUUCAACACGAGGGUUAUCCGCGUGGAGCCCACGAAAGACUUUGAUAAGACCGGUCGAUGGCACGUGAAGAGUCAAGGCCCGAGCGGUGAGGUCGAUGAGGAGGUGUUCGAUGCGGUGAUGGUGUGCUCAGGGCUUCAUAACAAGAGUUAUAUUCCCUCUAUUCCCGGAAUGGAUGACUUUAAGGGCGACAUCAUUCACAGUUGUGACUUCAGAAACGGAAUGAAAUACGCUGGCAAAACCGUCGUCGUCGUCGGUGGCGCCCAUUCGGCAGGCGAUGUAGCGGUCGACACCAGUAUGCAUGCGAAAAUGACCUAUCUUUCGAUGAAGAGUGGUACGACAGUAUUACCCAGGGCGGGGCCAGGGGGUGUCCCCAUCGAUGCUUACAUCAUUCGUCGAGUCAGGGGCUUGGUGCCCCUCGCCUUGUGGAAGAUGUGGAUGCAGUCAUUCAUCUCUUACCGGCUAAAUAUGGAGAGCCUCGGUCUCAAAUCCGAGCGACCACUCUUUUCUUCCACUAGCAUCAUGGUCAAUGAUCUCAUUGGGGUUCGCAUCUGGUGCGGUGCUCUCCAAGCCAAACCUAACAUCGCUCGCUUCACGGAAAGCGAUGUCAUCUUUUUCGACGGCACCGUGGUCGAGAACGUGGAUGUGGUCAUCUUCGCGACUGGUUAUGAGUUCAAAUUUCCAUUCAUCGACAGGUCUAUUCUGCAAGAGUCUUAUAAGGACUUGGAACUUUUUUGGCACAUUUUCCCGCCGCGUCUUUCCCGCCAAACAUUAGCCAUGGUCGGUGCCACCAACUCAGCAGGUGCCCGAGGGCCCAUCAAUGAACUCCAGGCCCGUCUUGCGACGCGGGUCUUUGAAGGACUGGUCGAACUACCAUGCCAAGAGAGAAUGCUUGAGGAUGUAUCCAGGAGGAAAAAUAUUUUUAAGAAGCUCUACGACAAUCAUAAGAUACGUUUUGCACCUAUCCCAUACUGUGAUAUGCUAGCUGCAAAAGUCGGAUGCCUACCUCGGUUCAUGGAUCUUCUCAAGUCGGACCCAGUCCUUGCCUUCAAAUUCCUUUUCGGUCCCAACUAUCCGCCAUUCUACCGGUUGGUCGGUCCACAUGCAUGGCCAGGGGCACGGGAUGCAAUCAUGAAAGCAGAGUACAACACAGUCAACCCGACCAGAACCCGGAUAGUUAAAAAUCCAGGAACUGAUCAAUCGAGUCUAUUUUUCAUGUUUUUCAUAUUUUUCUUGGUUGUGUUUCCACUAUGUAUUUUCAUGAUGAUAUUUACGCAGUUGUCAUGGUCAUAGGAACUAUAGUCAUUGGUAUUGGUAUACCCAUAUUUAAGAAAGGGGAUCCCCAUAUAUUUUCUAACUAUCGCCCUAUAACUUUGCUCCCUUGUUUUUCUAAGAUAUUAGAAAAAUUGAUUUACAAUAGGGUUUUUAAUCAUAUAAAUAAAUAUAAUCUCCUUGAUGACUCUCAGUACGGUUUUAGAAAACAAUCCUCCUGUGCACAUGCUUUAAUUGACCUUCAUGAUUACACCCAAAAUAAAUUAACAAACAAAGUUCACACAUAAGGGCUUAUUUCUUGAUCUAUCUAAAGCGUUUGAUGUCAUCAACCAUGAUAUUCUCCUCUGUAAAUUACAGUUUUUUGGUAUACGUGGUGUAGCCUUACAGUGGUUUAAGAAUUAUUUGAGUAAUCGUUCCCAUUUCACAUGUUAUAAUAAUUUUGUUUCCGAUAGAAAGAGGAUCCAGUGUGGAGUCCCACAGGGCUCUAUACUGGGUCCUCUCCUUUUCUUGAUCUAUAUAAAUGAUCUGAGCUCUUCUUCAUCCUUUUUUCGUUUUAUACUGUUUGCCGACGAUACCAACUUAAUUGCAUGUCAUAAAGAUUUCAAUAGAUUAAUAUUACAGGUAAAUAGAGAAUUAGAAAAUGUUAUACAAUGGUUUGAUGCUAAUGAAUUAAUCAUAAACAAUGACAAAACGUGUGUAUUGUAUUUUAAUAGAAAAUCCCACCCAUAUAAUUGUAAUAAUAUUAGAAUACUUAUAAACCAUGUUAAUUUGAAUGUGUGCACUUCAGUUAAAUUUUUAGGAAUAAUUCUUGAUGAUACUCUAUCUUUCCAGGACCAUCGUCAAUAUAUUGCAAACAAAAUAUCUAAAAACAUUGGUAUCAUCCGUAAAUUACGUAUAUCCCUACCUCAAAAUGUAUUAUUUAUGUUGUAUAACUGUUUAAUUUUACCAUACUUAUAUUAUUGUACCAUUACCUGGGCAGCAGUGGGUAAAACUAAAUUAGAAUCUUUAUACAAACUGCAAAAGAAAGCUCUUAGAAUAUGUACAAAUUCUCAUUUUCAAGCUCACUCUCGUCCUUUAUUUUUUAGGUUACAAACACUUACGAUUUAUGAUAUAUAUACAUUCCAAAUUGCCAUAAUGAUGUUUAAUGUUAAUAAUAGUAUUGCACCUAAAAUAAUUUGUCAAAUGUUUACUCUUAAUAAAUCUAUCCAUUCCCAUAAUACCCGCUCAUGUAUAAAAUACCAUUACCCAAAUGUUUCGUCUCAGUCCUUACUCAACUCUUUUAGACACAACGGUCCCCGUAUUUGGAACAAUUUACCUAAUAAUUUUAUGUCAUGCACUACAUUGUCAUCUUUUAAGGUCUUAUUGAAGAGACAGCUCGUCUCUUCCUAUUCCUUGUAACUCUAUUUUAAGUACCUAUGUAUCAUGCGUGUCAUGGUGUGUGUGUGUGUGUGAUGGUGUGUGUGUGGUUUGUAUUAUAUCGUAACAUGUGUUGCUUUUCCCUGUUUUGGGGGACUAUGACUCACAAGUUUUUUAAACUUUCAUAUUAGUCUCCAAUUUCAUUCAUUAGAUUAAAUCUCGAUUGUUGCAUGUUACUUUGUAUAUAUUUUAUGAUU